AUGGGAAAGACAGCCGAGGAAGCUCAACAAUUAAUUGAAGAAAUGGCUGCUAACAAUUACCAAUGGGCCAACGAACGAGGUAAUACGAGAAGAACCGCAGGUAUGCUUGAAGUAGAUACCUUGAAUAUGUUAAGUGCAAAAAUGGAUAAUGUGGUUAAGAUGAUUAAUAGGCAUGUUGGUUCUAUCUCUAAUCAAGGAGUAGUUAUUGCAUGUUGUACUACUUGGGGUGGAGAUCAUGAUAAUUCUAUGUGUUCUAGCAGCGAACAAGUUCAAUAUCUCAACAGUUACAACCGUCUACCCCAAAACAAUCCAUACUCUAAUACCUACAAUCCAAGAUGGCGUAAUCACUCGAAUUUUGGAUGGAAGGAUCAAGGGAACCAACAAAGACCAGUUAAUCCACCGGAUUUUCAACCGAAGCAACCACUUCCGGAGUCCAAACCAGCUUGGGAAUUGGCAAUUGAAAAGCUGGCAGAUGUAUCAAAUGAUAAAAUUGAAAAGUUAGCCAGUGCCACUACUCAACGGUUUGAAAGAAUUGAAGGUAGGAUGGAUCAACUCACCAAUAUGUAUCGAAAUGUUGAAGUCCAAUUGGGGCAAAUAGCUAAUGCGGUCAACAAUCGCAACCAAGGGGACUUACCUAUCAAGAUUGAGGUGAAUCCAAGGGAACAAGUGAAGGCCAUAACCCUCCGUAAAGGUAAGGAAGUGGCGGAGAAACUUGUAAUUGAAAGUGAAAGAGAAUUUGAAAGAAGAGAAAAUAAGCAGUUGAGUGAAUUAGGAGAAGAUGGCAAGAAAAUCAAAGGGAAAGAAAAGAUGGAAGAAAAUGAACCACAAAUUGGAGAUACAAUACCAAUUCCUCCACCGAUUCUUUCAUACACAAAGUUUCUCAAGGAGAUAAUGACUAAGAAAAGGAAGUUAGUAGAUAGUGAGACAAUUGCAUUAACGGAAGAAUGUAGUGCCAUUAUACAAAACAAAUUGCCACCAAAGUUGAAAGAUCCAGGGAGUUUCACAGUUCCAUGCACUAUUAGUAAUGUAGAAUUCUCUAAAGCACAAUGUGACCUUGGUGCGAGUGUUUCAUUGAUCCUAUUAACUGUGACUAGGCAAUUGGGGUUGAAAGAGUUAAAGCGUACUAACAUUGACUUACAAUUGGCUGACAGGUCUAUUAGACAUCCAAUGGGCAUAUUGGAGAAUGUGCUCAUUAAAGUGCAAAAAUUUAUUAUUCCUGUUGAUUUUGUUGUUUUAGAUAUGGAGGAGGAUGUCAAUGUACUAAUUAUACUUGAUAGACCAUUUCUGGCCACCGCAGGCUUACAAGAGGAACAAGUUGAAGAAAUGACUGAAUUUUUGCAGGCACAGGUUCCAUGCAAUAGGAGAAACGCGUAUGAGGAGUUAGGACAGAGCAAAGGAUUACCUCCACCAUCGUGUGAGCAAGCUCCACAGCUUGAGCUUAAGUCAUUGCCUAAACACCUCAAAUAUACAUUUCUUGGAGAAAAAGAGACAUUGCCGGUGAUUGUAAAUUCUACACUAUCGUGA